CCACGAAGAUGGAAUGCGGCGGCAAGGUCAACAGGAAGAGGGCUGCAUUAGCGUGUCAAAGGUGUCGGCGGCGGAAGUUCAAAUGUGAAGGUGAUUAUGGACACGGAUGCGAACGGUGCUUAGCGUCGGAUGGUAGGGAGGGAAGAUGCACUUAUCUACGUAACGGUGCACGCGAAGUGAGCUGGCGCCAUCUCGAUCGCGCAAGUCACCACACUGCCUUGUACACGGCGCAAUCCUCUGACACGCCCGACGUACGUUCCCGACACUCUACACCUCCACCUCCUUCGAACGAAGAUGGCGCAGCACUCCUGUCAACGAUGCCGCCGGAAGCAGCACAAUCAACCGCAUCCCAACAACCGCCCGACCAGUACGUUAUCCCGACCACAGAAUGCAGCGAAAUGCCGGGAGGGCAUUCGUCAAUGCCGCAGACGGUAGUGCCGGAAAUGUCACAAUCACUAGGGCAUUGCCCAUGUAUGGGAAGCAGCCUGUGCCCCUUUUGUCAUCCAUCCGAGCGCGCCGACGUUCACGCUGCCUAUGCGGGCAUACCGGUCGCCUCUUCAACUUUCCGCAACUUGCCUCCGCUGCCGGUCCCCAAAAUCGCGUCCUCUUCGAGAUGGCAGCCGUAUCCUUCGAGAUGGCAACCAUAUCCCUCAACCAGGUACGCGCAUACACAUGCUCCCUCGUGGGCGAUCUAACAGCUAAUGUGGAGCUCUGGUCCUUACAGAACCUGACGAGCGCAUCAUCACAACCGGUGUGCAAACGACUGACCUUCGCAAUGUUGUCUUUGCAGGCGGGACAGAGAGGGUGACGUCAUGCCUUAACGACGACGGGCACAGAAAGUAGUGCACGACGGGGUAGAGUCCUUUCUGUGAGAAGAGGGGCCCGCAAAGGGAGGUGUGAAAGUUGAAUGGAAUACGUGUAUGUAGGACUCUGAAAGGCUGGUUUUUCUGGCUACCUCGCCGCAUAAGCUCUUCCCUCGACUGCCCUGCUUUCCUUUCUUCACAGCCUUCUUAGUCGAGGCUCGUUUCUAUCUCGUGCGCUUCACGACCGUCCCCAACAUGUGCUCU